CUGCGCCCAUACAGAACCCGGCGAUGGUGAUUCCUUCCGCCAAUUCUUGGACUCGAUACACAAACAACGCUCGUGACGACCCUAGCUGGCUUGCCCAUCCCUUGCGCGACGAUAAAUUGCAGCCGAGCUUGAAGAGGAAGACCGCGAGGAUCUCGAGGACUCUGAGUAUCGCAGAGAAGGAGAAUCAUGAGGACGUAGUGAUGACGUCCACGCCCGACGGCGCAUGCGAGAAGCAGUCCCUCCAGAGCAGUGGCCUUGCCGAAGCGAGCGUCCUCCCCUGGCAGGGCGCGCCCAUCGUCGUAGGCUAUGCGGUCUGGGCGGGCGCCGAUCCCAUGGCGUACGCGACGCCGCUGCCCUACUUCAAUGGCUGCACGGGGGCGGACCGCACGUUGAUGCAUGGCGUUAAUGAACUGUCGGUGCUUCGGGGCGCUGCGCGCGAGGCGGCGCACACGAUCUCGGGCGUCUUUGAGCUGGAGUCCGCCGGUGCUCCCGCGCAGCUGGCGGCGGUAGACGAGGCUCUUCCUCCGUGGCGGAUGGUUGAGGCGUCGUUCUGGUUGGAUUAGGGUGUGGGCUCAGAGCCGAAGGGCGUUGGCGACACGUUGAGAUCGCUCCCCAGUUGAUAGGAAAUACAGCCUACUAUAUGUACAACUUCUACUUCAUGCAUCCAACUGUAUAUAGUAGUACCAUCUUCAUGGGAUGUCCGCCUUGCGCCGUC